UAAACAGUUGUCUGGUCCUGUGUGGCACUGGUAACUGUACAAUCCUUAAACUGAGAGAGAGAGAGAGAGAGAGAGGUGGAAGUGGAAGGCGAUUCCAUUGUUGUUGGAGAUAUUUAAAGAAAAAGAUCAAACAAAACAAAUACUAGUAUUGCAGAGAAAAAUGGUUCAUCAUCUAGUGGCUCUACGAUCAUCUCCGGUUCUUCUUCAAUCACAUUAUUCCCCUAUCCACAUCCACAGGGAAAUGCCAGGGAAAAUAAUGUUAAAAUGCUCGUUUGAGCAGCAUAUAUCAAGCAGGGCUGUGACCAGACAUUUAUUAUCUGGACUUGCUGCAUCAUUUGUAUUUCUCUCUCAAACAAGUCAGGUUGUUGCAGGAGACAUUUCUGGUCAUUCUAAUGUAUGCCAGCUUGCAAGUGCCGCAGAUAAUGUACUAACUCUUCCAUUUGAUGAGGGUUCUGAUGGAAGAAGAGGGAUGAUGAUGAUGAUGACAAGAGGUAUGACAGCAAAGGACUUUGACCCCAUCAGAUAUUCUGGAAGAUGGUUUGAAGUAGCUUCACUUAAACGUGGGUUCGCUGGACAAGGUCAAGAAGAUUGCCACUGCACCCAGGGUGUAUAUACAUUUGACAUGGACACGCUUGCUAUCCAGGUUGACACCUUUUGUGUGCAUGGGGGCCCUGAUGGAUACAUUACAGGUAUUAGGGGAAAGGUUCAAUGCCUUUCGGAAGAAGAUUUGGAGAAAAAUGAAACUGAACUAGAAAAGCUAGAGAUGAUCAAAGAAAAGUGUUACCUUCGUUUCCCUACGCUACCAUUCAUCCCUAAGGAACCUUAUGAUGUGAUUGCGACUGAUUAUGACAAUUACGCACUUGUUUCUGGAGCAAAAGACAAAAGCUUUAUUCAGAUAUACUCGAGGACACCCGUCCCUGGACCCAAAUUCAUAGAGAAUUACAAAUCAAUCUUAGCAAACUAUGGAUAUGACCCAAGCAAAAUCAAGGACACUCCACAAGACUGUGAAGUGAUGUCCAAUAGCAAGCUAGCUGCAAUGAUGUCCAUGAACGGGAUGCAACAAGCUCUAACCAACCAAUUCCCUGAUCUAGGAUUGAAGGCCGCUGUUGAAUUCAAUCCAUUUACAAGUGUAUUUGACACUCUUAAGAAGCUCAUUGAGCUCUACUUCAAGCUGUAAUUGAGCUUUGUAUGCUUUUGUAAUAAACUAUAGAGCUGUAAUAUAUAAUUUUAUCUCAAUAUUAGUGAUUUGUUCUCCA